GCGCGCAGCGUCUCCGCCCAGCCGGGCCCCGCCGUCCCCAUGGCGACGCGCGCGCCCGGAACCGCUUGUCUGACCCGGAAGUGCUCGCCUCGCCUCCUGGAAAUCCGCCCGAGUAACCCGGAAGUGCUGGCCUCGCCCAUCUCCUGCUGCGGUUCCCCAUGCGCGCCGGGGGCUCGCGGCACCCCUCGGCCCAUGCUGCCCGCCGGCAUUGUCAAAGCCUUCCCCAAGAGGAAGAAGGCGCGGGAUGGGGCGGAGCAGGUCCCCCCGAAGAUGCAGAAGGAGCCGGAGGCGGGGGGCCCCGAGGAUUGGCUGGCAUCUGUCACUGCCUACGUGCUGCCGGCGGGCAUGGGCCGGGCCAGGGCUGAGAUCUUCCACAAGCACAUCGUGCAGCGUGGGGGCCGUGUCUGCAGCCAGCCCUCCCCAGAGGUGACGCACAUCAUCGUGAAUGAAGGCAUGGAUGGAGGCCGGGCGCUGCGGCUCCUGCGACUGGCCGCGCUGCCCCCCAGCGUGCGGCUGGUGACGGCCGCCUGGCUGAGCACGUGCAUCUCCGAGCGGAAGCUGCUGAGUACCGCUGGGUACGACGUCUUGGUCCCAGGCAGGUCCCUGGAUGCACCGGAGAGGCAGACAUGCCAGAAGCCUCCCCUGGGCAAUGGGGAUGCCCAGCCCCAGGCACGGAGCGAGGCCUUGGGACCAGAGGCUGAAGCACAGGCGGACACCUCGGAGCAGCUGCCAGCACAGGAGGCAGGACCUCCGGCUCAGAGGGUCUCUGAGGAUGAGGGAAGCGACGGGGAGGAGCCCAGUGUCACCCCAGCUGACCUGGAGGCGCUGAUUUUGGGGCAUUACCCCCCAACCCCAUCUGAAGGCUCUGCAGCAGCCCCCCCACCCGUCGGCAAGUGGGUCUGUGCUCAGUCCUCCCACACCAAGAAGGAGAAUCACAACCAGUGCAUCACAGAGAAGCUGGAGGUGCUGGCGAAAGCCUACAGCGUCCAGGGGGACAAGUGGAGGGCCCUGGGCUAUGCCAAAGCCAUCAAUGCCCUCAAGAGCUACCACAAGCCGGUCACGUCCUACGAGGAAGCCUGCAAGAUCCCUGGCAUCGGGAAGCGGAUGGCAGAGAAGAUCCAGGAGAUCCUGGCCAGCGGGCACCUGCGGAAGCUGGACCACAUCAGCGAGAGCGUGCCUGUGCUGGAGGUCUUCUCCAACAUCUGGGGCGCAGGUGUCAAGACCGCCCAGAUGUGGUACCAGCAGGGCUUCCGCACGCUGGAUGAGAUCCGCACCAAGGCCUCCCUCACCAGCCAGCAGGCCGUCGGCUUGAAGCACUACGAGGACUUCCUGGAGCGCAUGCCCCGUGCAGAAGCGGCUGAGAUAGAGCAGAGGGUGCGGGAGGCGGCCCAGGCCCUGGAUCCUGGGCUGGUGUGCGUGGCCUGCGGCUCCUAUCGCCGCGGCAAGCCCAGCUGUGGGGACGUGGACGUUCUGGUGACCCACCCCGACGGGCACUCUCAUCGUGGCAUCUUCGCCAAGCUGCUCAACAGCCUCCGGCGCAGCGGCUUCCUCACUGAUGACCUGGUGAGCCAGGAGGACGGCAGUCAGAAGAAAUACUUGGGCGUGUGCCGGCUGCCUGGGCCGGGUCGGCACCACCGGCGCCUGGACAUCAUCGUGGUGCCCUACGCCGAGUUUGGCUGUGCCCUCCUCUACUUCACCGGCUCGGCCCACUUCAACCGCUCCAUGCGGGCACUGGCCAAGACCAAGGGCAUGAGCCUGUCAGAGCACGCGCUCAGCACGGCUGUGGUCCGUGGCCCCGGGGGCACCAAGCUGGCACCUGGCUUUGCCCUGCCUACCCCCACUGAGAGGGAUGUCUUUGCCGUGCUGGGGCUGCCCUACCGUGAGCCGCCCGAGCGAGACUGCGCUGGAGAUGGUGGUGACCGGAGACCCGACCCUUUCCUGCACCCGCGGCCUCCAGUGACUUCUGGCUGUUCCCGGCCCCUGGCAGAUCCUCAGCCCAUCGGCCCCGCGCUAUAGGAUAUAAUAUCCAAACGAGAUCCUGCGUUGGAGAGAUGCUGUCUUGAGUGUAUCAGAGAGAAGGAAGUUGAGCAAUGACGUGGGAAUGGACCCAGGUGGACAUGGGAACCUGGUCCAUAAGGACGUGGACAAGGAAGAGGGAUGUGACCCAGCCUCCCCCCCAAAACGUUCUGUGUUUGGGGGAGGCCGGGUCAUGGCUCUGUGCUGUGACGAUGUGUUUUCCACUCCAUCCCUACCCGCUGCAGUAGGCAAGUGUUUGUACAGCUGCGGGUCUAGACACGAUGCAUCCCGUGGUUUCCAAAGCCCAGGGCGAGCUGUUCUCUGCACCUGGACGGUGAUUUCGAGGAAGUCGAGCACUGGAAGACAGUGAAGGACACACCAAGGCGGGCUCAGGGCUUUGUAGACCUAUCAGCUCAACAUCGCUUCUGAGCCAGGCCUCCAUCAAUAAAGCCUUGAAGGACGGUCAUCACAUGGAUGUGUUGGGAGCAGGUCGUGUCCUGGUAACCGGUGCCUCCUGCGGGAUGAGAUUCCCCGAGUGGUCAGUGUGGGCGAUAGGGCUGUGGCCUGGAGCUCCGGCUGGUGGGAGGCGGGUGAGUCCACACCACGCGACACCCAGCCUGGGACUGAUACCAGCCGGGCGUGUCCAGUGAGAGGCCUGCACAGCGCCACAGGACACGGGCACUGCUGGGCGCUGGGGUGUUUCUAGCGUGGUCCCGAAGAGACGUGUUCUUAGUCCUGGUGCAUUUGGUGUUUGCACCCAUGCACGAGCUGCAAGGAAAUGCAAUGAGCAGGAAUCAGGAAUAGAGGGAGAGAGAUUGGGAGCAGGGAGACUCCCACACCAGGGGUUCAAGGAGAGGCAGGACGGGCACUGGUGGGGGCUGCUCCAGGCACAUCAAUGCCCGUGCUCUGCCGUGGGGUGUCCCAGGACCCUGGGCUGUGCUGGUUGCCCUCAUCCCUUUCUGCUCCUGGCCGUGCUCGGAGCUGUACGGCCUUCUCCCGGCACCGGUCUCAGCAGCGAGGCUGUCCCGAAGAGCCUGAUGGGGCUAAUAGUGGCCAUGUCUGGGCACGGGGGAGGCAGUGGGAUGCCCUGGACCUGCAUCCAGCACCAGGGCCUGGCUGGUCUAAGAAGACGGCAGCGUCCUGGGACCCUCGUGAGCGAUGAGUCCGGCCUGGGGCCACGGACCUCGGUCCCUGCAUGAGGGGAGCUACAAGAGGGUCUUUAGCCUGAAUAGGGUCAGGCCUGGGACAGGCACACGACAGUCAGGGGGAUCCUUCUCAAGCCCGGGGCUCCUAGCUUUGGAUUCCAGGAGCAGGGAGAGGAGCGGUGGGGCCGUGGCCCUCGUUGGUGGGGACAUCCCCAGAGCCUUUCUCCGCCUGCCGGAGGGUUUCACCCAGUUCCCCAGCUUGGAGGGACCCCCCCUGCUCCUGACCCUGGGCGGCUCCGGGGGUUCAUUGCAGCCUCCUCCCCCUGCAGGGCCUGGUUUGUGCCCCUGGGGUCCCAGCUGCAGGGCCCUGCACACUUCCCCUGCUGCUGUGCGAUGUGGGGCUGCGGGUCAGGAGCGAGGGGCACCGGCAGCUCUGGGGGGAAGGGGCUGUGGGUCGGGAGUGAGGUGCUGUGGUAGGGGGCUGCAGGUCCAGCCCUGAGACGCCUCAGCAGGGAGCCCAGAGACCCCCGGGCAGGGCAGGGCCGAGGCUCCAGGCCUCCGGCAGCCACCGUCUCCUCCAGAAAGCGGCAGCAGAGGGAGCUGGAGGACAAGGCAAGGCCCUGCGAGCCGAGCGGGCCCUGGCAGCCUGGAGAGGGCAGCCGGCGUGUGCAUGGGUGUGUGCAAGCAUGCAGGCCUUGCACAUUGACCUCUCACCCCCAGGCACCGAGACCUCCCUGGGCAUCUCCAGAGGGUGGACGGGCACUGGUGGGGGGAGCUCUAGGUGCAGCGAUGCCCGUGCUGUGCCGUGGGGUGUCCCAGGCCCCUGGGCUGUGCCGGUUGCCCCCUUCUCCCCUUUCUGCUCCAUGUGUUGAGGGGUUUAAGCCUCCCCCAUACGCAUCGCAGCCCCCGGGAGCUGGAGUCUGCUGCUCUAGGUUCAGCCUGGAGCUGGCACGGUGGAUCCACUGCUCGGGGCAUGGGAGAGUCUGGGCGCUGCGAGGCUGGACGGGUCCCCGAGCUCUGUCUUUGUGCCCCCAUCAAAGGCCCCAGCAGCUCCCCUGACGGUGCCUGUGGCAGGCGGGGGGAUGGGGGGCUCCAGGGGCCCUGGGGCGACCGGGUGCCGGGCUCUGAGAAGGCUGGGGGGGCAGGGGCUGCGGGUCGGGAGCGAGGGGCACCGCACGGCUGGGGGGUUGUGUCCUCUCAAGUCCUGCGGGUGAAGGGCAGGUCAAGUCUGACAGAUGUGAGCUGCUGGGGGGAGCAGAGGCCAGCCCCCCACAUUGGGUGCCAGGUGCAUGCUGGGAGCCAGCUCAGCCCCAGGGAGCCCCCUGAGCCCUCAGGGCAACACUGCCUUGCUCUUCCCUUUCCCUUUCCCUUCCCCAGGCUCCAAGGCUGCAGGUGCCCAGCACUGCCAAAGCCCCUUGUGCAGUGAGGGAAACUGAGGCACGGAGCAAUGCAGUGACUUGCCCAGGGAGACAGGGUAGGCACUUAAAGGCUGGGGCUGGGGCUGGGCUGUGCCAAUGCUCCUGCUGGCACCGACCCCGCAGGGUCCUGGCUGGAGGGUCUUGCCCCCGCGCUCGGGCUCAGCCCCACACACUGCACUGGGGCAGGACGGGAUUUCCCCCAGGCUCACACUGGUGCGGACUGCGGGGUUUUGCUUUCCCCUGCAGCGGGGGCAAAUCUGGGGCAAGGGCGUAGGGCAGGCAGGGCUCGGGCACAGCUGGGAACGCACUGAGCUGCUGCUGCCCCCAGGCCACGGGCUGGUCCCAACACCUCGUGGGCCGACUCCAGCCCGUCACCACGCGACGCAGCCCCUGGCGCGGCCGUCUGGCAGACCCCCCGCGUGGCAGUGGUGGGCGCCGAGGCAGACUUGGUUCUAGGAGAAGAUGACUUUUCGGGCACCGAUGCCCCUGAGGUCCAGGAACGAAGUAGGCACGGACAAAGCCAAAUGACAGGAGAGCCCGGGCUUGCGUUGGCCUCUGUGCACGGGGUCUUCGUUGGACGCCCCCGGUCCUUGCAGCCUAGACGACGUUGGGUGAAGUCUGUGUCAGUCCUGGCUGCUAGCUGGGCCUCUGUGUGAUUUGCAUAUGUGCUGAUUACCGGUUGUAUUAAUUAAGUCCAGGGAGACCUACACCAGCUUCUUUCUCCAGCAAUAUCUACCGCGUGUUGUUGGACCGUGCAUUCGAGGGGUCCCGAAUUCAGCCUCGAGGCUCUUGGGACUGGCAGUGCUGUGAUCGUGCCCGUACCCCCAUCGGGGACGGGGGGAGCUCCCUGGGGUCACCCGUGGCUGCGGGACGGCACGAUUCUGAGAAAUUCCUGCCAUUUUGAUUAAACGUUUUUGUCGCUGGUUUUGUAAGAGCGAUUUGAAGCCUUAGCACCUCACUAAUGGCAUCAAACAGGACCUUGUCCGGAGGAAACCGUGACCAGAGAGGCACGUGAGCUCCCCAACGCCUAAAUCAUCUUCGGCAUGUGAGCGACCCUGGGUGUGAGGACAAUUUCUACCACGGCUCGUGGACGGGCCUCGAGGUGGCUUCAGAAUCCAAUGCUGGAGCUGCAAACCCGUCUGCAGAAGUCGCAGGUCUUUCCGCACGGGGGAGCAGUCUGGGAUCCCUCUCCUUUUCCUUUUCCUUCCUCCGCUCGCCCUUUCCGUCGAGGGUAAGAUGCUUUGCUUCGAAAUGGGCUGCCGCUUGGUGGAGGUUUCGGCACCACUGGCGUUGGUGAGUAGUCAGCUCCUC